CUCACUCCGCAGUGAUCCGGUCAGUGUGUGUCCGUAACCAGGUCUGAGAGAGGGUCUCACUCCGCAGUGAUCCGGUCAGUGUGUGUCUGUAACCGGGACUGAGAGAGGGUCUCACUCCGCAGUGAUCCGGAAGCAAUGUUUUGCGAAAAGGCAAUAGAGCUGAUCCGGGAGCUGCAGAGAACCGCUGAUGGACAGUUACCUGCGUUUAAUGAGGAUGGCAUCAGACAAGUUCUUGAAGAGAUGAAAGCUUUGUAUGAACAGAACCAAACUGAUGUAAAUGAGGCUAAGUCAGAAGGAAAAACGGAUUUAAUCCCAACAAUCAAGUUUCGUCACUGCUGUCUGCUGAGGAAUAAACGCUGCAUUUUGGCAUACCUAUAUGACCGUUUGUUGCGGAUUCGAUCAUUGAGGUGGGAAUAUGGCAGUGUGCUACCAUCAGCAAUUCGAUUCCAUUUUGCUGCUGAGGAGACAGAGUGGUUCAACCAGUACAAAAAGUCACUCGCUACUUACAUGAGGUCCAUUGGAGGAGAAGAGGGAUUGGACAUCACUCAAGACAUGAAACCUCCAAAAAGCCUUUACAUUGAGGUGAGGUGCUUGAAGGAUUACGGUGAAUAUGAAAUUGAUGAUGGAAUCACGGUCCUGCUGAAAAGAAACAGCCAGCACUUUAUGCCCAGAUGGAGAUGUGAGCAACUGAUCCGUCAAGGGGUUCUGGAACAUGUGCUAUCCUGAGAAUAUUGCAGUUUGAAGGAUUGAAUGGCUGCCCUCUUCUUAGUGUCCUUCCUUCUUCUUAAUGUUGUAUUCAUUAAUGUUGAUAUUUACAGUGUAAUAAUCGUUUGGAUUUAGAGCUCUGAUUAUUUCGCUCUGAGGUAAGUCGUACUAGUUUAAGCUUGCUCUGCUGGUGAGUUGAAUUGCAUUUUUGUACAUUAAAAAAAAUCAAGUGAUGACCAA